AUGGCGCUAGUAGCGCAGCUCCGGUGGCUCCAGUCUCAAUCCAAGGAGCAGAUCGAUUCCGGUUGCACCUCUCUAGGAGCCAUAUUGGAGGAGUUACUUGAGGUUGGAGCUGCGACCGGUACCGCGCAUGGGCCACCUGCGUUACCACCUUGA